AUGGAGCGUUACUCCAGCCAAGGGGCACGGGGGGUUAGGUGGCCAGGGAGUGAACUCUCUGCUGUGCGCCCGGUGGCCCAGCUGGAGGAGCCUGUGUGUCAUCAGACCAGCGGCUGUGCCUGUCUGCUCUCUCAGCAGCUGGAGUUCAUCACCCCCUUCCAGCUGUACUUCAACCCCGACCUCAUCUUCAGGAAGUUCCAGGUAUGGAGGCUGAUCACCAACUUCCUCUUUUUUGGGCCCCUGGGAUUCAGUUUCUUUUUCAACAUGAUAUUUCUGUACAGGUACUGCCGCAUGCUAGAAGAAGGCUCCUUCCGUGGAAGGACGGCUGACUUUGUCUUCAUGUUCCUCUUUGGAGGGUUUCUCAUGACACUAUUUGGACUCUUUGCCAGCCUAUUUUUCCUGGGACAGGCUUUCACCAUCAUGCUAGUGUACGUGUGGAGCCGCAGGAACCCUUAUAUCCGCAUGAACUUCUUUGGGCUUCUUAACUUCCAGGCCCCCUUCUUGCCCUGGGUCUUGAUGGGAUUCUCUCUGCUCCUGGGCAACUCCAUCAUCAUCGACUUACUGGGAAUUGCAGUGGGUCACAUCUAUUAUUUCUUGGAAGAUGUUUUCCCCAACCAGCCUGGAGGAAAGAAGUUGCUGUUAACCCCUGGCUUCCUGAAAAUGGUAUUUGACACACCUGAAGAGGAUCCCAACUAUAACCCUCUCCCUGAGGAUCGUGCAGAAAAUCAACCUAGAGACCAAGACGAGAACCAGCAGCAUCCGCAGUAACACAGGAGACUUCUUCGUGUGGCCAGAUUGCUCUCUUCAGUUGGACUUAUGCUGUGGCUCAGAGAUCCUACUGGAAUAACACCAGUUGCCAUUCCAAUGUGUGAUGUAUCACUGUUUGUAUGGGUAACCCAUCUCCCCCCUGUACCAAGAGGUUCCACAGAGCUUUGCACAGAAGAACUUCUGAAUGAUUAUGGAGUUGUUGCAGGGACUGGAACUGGAAGUUGUGAUGUUACCCAGUGGGGGAACAAAUAUCAAAUGGGGUGUUAAACCAGAUCCUUCUCUUGCUGUUAGUGACUUUCUAUGUGCCAGGUCACUCUUGGCCUCUACAAAGACGAGUGCUUUUGGCUCUCACUGUUGUGAGGCCUCUUUGUGGGCUUUCAAUGAAGUAGUACUACCAACUCUACCAUGGUAGAAUGCAGCUCAGCUCUUCUCUUCCUUUAACUCCCUCACCCCCACUUUUCUUUUUGUGUUGUGGUUUCCAGAGAGUCUUUACAUUAAAAUCUUUAUUUUUCAA